AUGAAAAAGUUGGGAGUUAACACGAAAUCCGGGGCUAAUCUAUCGAGGAUAAAUGAAAAUGAGAACCUUUUUAAAAAGCCCAUAGAAUUUAACAAGAACAUCAGGCGGCUGUCCUUUUUGAAUAAUAAAAAUAAUGAUGCUAAUGAGAAGGAUCAUCUGGACAAGUGUGAUAAAACGAAGGUGAAGGAAAUAAAUGAAGUUUUUAAAAACUGCAUGGUAGCACUGUCCCAUAAUAAGAUAUGCACAAGGAACGCAUUCGACAUAAGGAUUAUUGAUCAUUUGGAGGAUUUAGUAAAUUUAAAUGAUGAAGAAAUAAAUGAAGAGCUAAACGAUGAAAUGUUGGAAACGGGGGAUUUUAAUCUGUCUUUCACAAGAGCAUCUAAAGCGAUAGAGGGUGCUACGAAGGUGUAUGGUUAUAGAGUAGAAGCUAUCUAUGACCAGACAUACAAUUUUUUAAGCAAUAUGAAUAUAGCAAAGCAAAGCGAAGUGAAUGAAGAAUUGAUGGAUGAAAAAAAAAAUGUAAAUGAAAUUUCGAAUAGAAAGAUGAAGAAGAGGAAGUUAGAAUUUUUGCAAGAGUCAUCCACUUUGGCCAAGUCGUCUGACAUUACCAUGGACUCAGUUACAGUGUCAAAUAUAUCUGUCGACACUUUUUUUUUAAAAUUGAACAGUACGUAUGAUCAUUCGUCAGGUAAUAGUUAUUUGUUGCCAAACUUAAUUUUGAAUAAUGAUUUGUCUAUACAGUUUGAUGGGGACAUAGACGCGUGUGAAUACAAGAGGAGGAAAAAAAUGGAGGUGGCGAAUGAGGAAGGGAUGGAUGAAAACGCGGAUGCUACGGAAAGAAGUGGUAAAUCGCCAGUUAUUAUGCAAAGUAGUAGCAGCGAGGACAACGAGUGCAGUGAGCAAAUGGUGAAGUGUUACAAGAGAAAGUUGUUUCUGCAUUCUGACGUGUUGAGGGAUGUCCUGCUCGGUGCGGGAAAUGAAGACUUUAGCAGCCUGAACAUAUGCCCCGAGUUGGAUUAUUUUAAAGCAGAAAUAAACAAGCACAGAAUGAAGAGAUCUGAUUCGAAGGAUUUAGAAGAUGGCGACGAUGACGACAACCAUCAUGAAGACGACAACGAGGAGGAUGACUACAACUUGAAUGAGGGGGGAAAUAUAAGGAUGCAUAAGGGGGAUUACUACCCGGGAGAAAGUGCUAAAAAUAACUUGGCAUUAAAUCUAAGUGGAAAUAUGACAAUGGAUAAUUUACUAGAUGACAGCGAUUUCAAUAACGCAAGUGGGGGUGAUGGAAGGAUGCUGAAUAGUAGUGUAAACAAUAACAGUAUGCAUUUCAAUGAUUACAAAAUAGAAGAUUUAAACAUAGAAAAUGUAAUGCAAGAAUCCUUAAGUUUUGACAAUAUGAAUUUAAACGAUUGUGUAGGAACUAAUUUAAAUUAUUCUCAAAGUAUUUUAUCAUUUCAGCAAGGAAGUAACACGAUGACGGGGCUUCCUUUACCAGAACUCAUGAAGAGUGAAAAUAAGGAUUUCAGUCUAAUGAAUUCGCUAGGGGGUAACUUCUCCCUGAGUACACAGAAUACUUUGUUUUUUAAAAACCAAGGUGGGAGUCCCAGAGGAAAAGGUUUAAUAUCAACCAUCCCAGAUGAAGACACUCUCUGGAACCGCAACGUGAUGAAUUUGGAAAACAGACUAAAUGCGAUAGACGUAAAUAACAAAUUUAAUUAUCAUUAUUAUGCUCCUAGUAAGCUAAUAGCUCAUGGUAAUUUCAGGAAUUUAAUGGAUAUAGGUAAAGGGACUUAUAAGAAUAAGCACAUGGUACUAAACUCCAUAGCACAGAAGAAAGUGAAGGCUUCCUUCGAUGUGUCACUUAUCGAUUUUGAAAAUUUGUAUAAAGAAAUAAAUGAUGUAGAAUUAUCUACGUACGAUUUAUGGAAGAAAGAAAAAAAGAAGUACGUAUCGAAUGCCCUUUUUUCCAUCGAUCAAACUUCCUACAUAUUUGAAACAAAGGAUUACUGCAUUAAUUGCGUCAACACGGUUACGGAUAGAAUUAUGAAAUUUUCCAGAGCGGCAAUGGCCACACGGGGUGACUACACUGGAGAUCUUAAAUUAAACGUUGUUCUGAAUGAAGUGAACUCGGAUUUUCUGACAAAUGACAUGGGUCAUAUAAACUUCCCAGAAGGCAAAAAUAUGGAAAGCAUGUUUCCAGAGCAUUUGGAUGACCACCAGGAUUCUCACAUACAGGCAGGUCUAAAUGAUGCCAUCGAUAAAUUCUAUAACAUGGAUUUUGAGGAUGUAUGGCAGAACGAAAAUGAAAAUAAUUUAUCCAAGCAGGAAAGCAAAAAUGAGAAUGCGUCAGCUCUGCAGCUUCGCCAAAGUGCUUCGCGCGGCAGCACACUUGGAAAUCCGAACAUGGAAAAUGUAGCCAAAUUUGUGGAUGUCUCGAAAAUAAAGAAAAUUUUGUGCGACAUUGUGAAGCCCGCGGGGAAGGAGGCGAGUGACGUGGAUAUUCCGGCGGAGCAAAACGACCAGAUUGUGCCGUACAUGGAGGAAAAGACUACAACUUUUAAGGACAUUAUCAAUGCGACCAAAUCAAAAAUGAACCCAGCAGAGGUGAACGGCACAUCCAUACAUAUGCUGUUCGUGUGCCUGUUGUACACGUGCAACGACCAAGAAUUACUUCUGGAGAAGAUACCAAACGAGGACGACUUCUAUGUCCACUACGGGCUGCCGGUGGAAUACCACGUUAAGCCGGACGACGUGCUGAUGCUUGAAAAUUGA